UUGUCUUCGAAACGACGCCGUAGAAACCAUAAAGAAGCACGAACUAAAAGAAAGGGAAGAGAGAGUCACAGCUCAGUUGAGUUAUUGGGAGUGGAAGAAUGGCCAUUGAAGCAAGCGAAGCUCCCUCUCCUCCUUCUCACCCCACUUCCCAUUUCACUCAACAACGCCAUUUCUAUGUAGCCGUGGACAGGCUCCAAUUCAAGAUGGAGACGUUAGUGGAUUUGUUGGGCGUGGCGGGACGGCGUUCGUGCCUCCCAAUGGUGGUGUGCUGCAGCUCAAGGGACGAGCUUGACGCCGUUUGCUCCGCCGUUUCUAACCUCCCUUACAUUUUUUUGACCUCUCUGUACAGUGACCUUGCGGAGGCAGAACGUGCUCUAGUUUUGGACAAAUUUCGGCAAGCCACAAUGAACUGGAACCAGAAUAUCAGUGCCCAACCAGGAGAGGACAGUGAAGUUGGAAAAGAUGAACAAAAAUCUCAUAUGGUAGUUGUGACUGAUGCUUGCCUCCCAUUUCUUGCUUGUGGGGAAUCAACCAUUUCUGCUCGUGUUCUGAUAAAUUAUGAGUUGCCAACAAAGAAGGAAAUAUAUAUGAGGCGCAUGGCAACUUGUUUGGCAGCAGAUGGGAUUGUAAUCAAUAUGGUUGUUGGGGGCGAAGUGGUCACUCUCAAAAGCGUCGAAGAAAGCAGUAGUCUAGUCAUAGCUGAAAUGCCCAUAAAUAUCUCUGAGAUUUUGUGAAGAGGUUUGGUCCUUUGCAAUGCCAGAAACCUGUAAGAGGACUUGAUUCUUUGUACUCUCAAAUUUUUAUUUUAUUUUUUCUUGUCUGAAUUGUUCAGCUUAAAAAAAAAUAUAUACGAGUUAUUUGUACCUUUAAGUUAAAUGAUCUAUUUCGUCUAUCCAGAAUUUUGCAAGGAAAGAAAAGAAAUUAAACUGAAUUUGGCUGCUGGA